CCUAACGUUCACGUUUCAACCUAACGAUCUUUCUGCCGCUGCUUGUUCAAUGACGGAAACCCUCGUAAACUGCUUCUUUGCAUUGCAUCCAAGCUCGAAGGAGACUGAGAGGUAUAUAUAAUAAUUAAUAAGAGGAUCUUGCGGUCGUGCAAGUCAUUGCUUCCCAGUUGAAUUUGCUACGAAGGAAAGAAGCUCGUUAGAAAGUUAGGGAGAUAAGGUGCAAUAGCGAUGGCGUCAUCAGAAUCGUCGUCUUCAUCAGCUCAGUCACUGACAUUCUAUGGUUUUCUCGAUAAAAUGCGAAAUCCUGCUUCUGUCGAUCUCGUUCGAUCCAUCAAGAGCUUCAUUGUAUCCUUCUCAUUUUACUCGCCCUAUCCUGAAAAUGAUGGCAAAAGGGUACAAGAGUUCUUUUCCAUAUUUGAAGUGGCCAUUAUGGAUCAUCAACUAUGGGAAAAUUCCUCUAUGGAAGAAAUUGACUGUUCGAUGGAGGGUUUGGAGAAAUAUGUUAUGACCAAAUUGUUCUCUCGAACAUUCGCUUCAUCUCCUGAGGAUGUAAAGAUAGACCAGGAGAUCUCUGAGAAGAUACACUUGCUGCAGACUUUCUUAAGGCCUGACCAUUUGGAUAUACGGCCAUUUCUUCGUAAUGAAUCUUCAUGGCUGCUUGCUGAAAAAGAAUUACAGAAGAUCAACUCGUUCAAAGCUCCUCGUGAGAAGCUACUCUGCAUAAUGAGUUGCUGCAAAGUCAUCAACAAUUUGCUGCUCAAUGCAUCGAUAUCAGAAGAUCAUGCACUUGGUGGGGCUGACGACUUUCUUCCUGUUCUUAUAUACAUCACCAUCAAGGCGAAUCCUCCUCAUUUGCAUUCAAACCUGAGAUAUAUCCAGCUAUACCGUAGACAAUCGAAACUCAUGUCGGAAGCAGCUUAUUAUUUCACGAAUCUUGUCUCGGCCAAGUCUUUUAUUGUUGACUUGACUGCUGAGUCACUUUCUAUUGAUGCAUCUGAAUUCGAAGAGAACAUGCAAGCAGCAAGUUUGACCAACAAAGGGGCCACAGUAGAGCCAUCGCUUGUAUUGAAUCCAACCCUCGAAGAACAGAAAGAUGUUGGUCCUGCCACAGCAUUAGAUGAAGCAGAAGAUGGAUUUGGAACAAGUUAUCCGUACAUGGAUGCUGAGCCCGGUGAAUUGACUGUGGCAGAUGUGGAGAGAUUAUUGUCCCUGUACAAAGAUGUUGUUACAAAAUACACAAAUCUUCGUAGAGCACCGUAAAAAAUUGAGUUAUGUCUGUAACAAGAGUAAACUAUUAUUAGUUAAUUGAUAGAUAACAUUAUCAGUCAUUUUCUUCGCACUUUACUGUUUAUUCAAGAUCUUUCAUAAUGUGAAAGCUUUUUUGCCAGUCAAAAAAAUAUAAAUAUGUAAUAUAAUUUAAUUAAUAAUAUCAAGCAUGUAUUACAUGGGCAUAA